AUGACCUUAGAACAAUACUUUUUACCCCAAGAUGAAUUAACCCUUAAAAACUUUGUUAAGGAAAAGAAUACUGUUUUAGAAGAGAAAGUUGUAGGAUUAGAACAAACCAAGCAAGAAUUAGAAGCCAACCAAAAAGAACUGGAAAAAGAAUUAGAGUUUGAGAUGGCAAGUGCUGAUUGCCACUUGGAUGCUAUUAAUACUUGUAAAGACUGA